UCUCUCUCCCUCUUUCACCCUUUCCUUGAUUUCAGAGCCGCAGAUCUUCAUUCCAGCGCACAUGGAAAGGCAGAGAAACAGCAGUGAACCGCGCUCAGGGAUUUUACGCGUAAAGCGGCUAUAAGGUGAUUUCACUGGAUGCGCUUUAUUACCGGACUACAGCAGAAUGACAUUUGAAGAGGAUUGGACAUUUAAGCAACUGCUCUCCGUAUAGGGAUAUUCACUGUGCAACAUCUAUAAACGGACACGCAUGUUCUCUCCACUGAUGAAAAAGGAAAGAAAGAAAAAAUACCCAUGCAUGGAGCAUUUACACCAGGUGGAUGAGUUUUAAACCUCUUUCAGCGCUGCUUUAUUAGAUAUCUUUUGCACAUUGGGAUUACAUAAACUCUGCUGAAAUUGAAGGCGCGUUUCGGAGGAUUGCGGUUUAUGGAAACAGAGCCGAGCAGAAGACGUCUGAAGUUGGAGAAAGAAGCUGGACUGAGGGUCUGAAGGAUUUUACAAUCUCCCCCUGGAGCUCCACUUUCAUGUCCGAAGUCUCUGGUUUAUGACAAUGGAUUAUUUGCUGUUUUUAUGCGGCUUUUUGCUGCCUCUGUCAUCGGCUGUUGAAGAAACACUGAUGGACACCAAAUGGGCCAUGACUGAGCUGGCCUGGACUUCACAUCCUGAGACCGGGUGGGAGGAAGUUAGCGGUUACGAUGAUGCCAUGAACCCCAUCCGAACGUACCAAGUGUGCAACGUUCGCGAACUCAACCAGAACAACUGGCUACGCAGUGACUUCAUCCCGCGGAAGGACGUUCUCCGCGUUUACGUGGAGAUGAAGUUUACUGUAAGAGACUGCAAUAGCAUUCCCAACAUUCCAGGAUCAUGUAAAGAGACCUUCAAUCUGUUCUACUACGAGUCCGACUCGGAUUCAGCCACCGCCACCAGUCCUUUUUGGAUGGAGAACCCUUACGUUAAGGUGGACACCAUUGCUCCGGAUGAGAGCUUCUCCAUGUUGGAAUCCGGUCGGGUCAACACUAAGAUUCGCAGCUUUGGUCCACUUUCCAAGGCUGGUUUUUAUUUGGCUUUCCAAGACUUGGGUGCCUGCAUGUCUUUAAUCUCCGUCCGGGCUUUCUACAAGAAGUGUUCCACAACCAUUGCCAAUUUUGCCGUCUUCCCAGAAACAGCCACUGGCGCUGAGGCCACGUCACUAGUCAUUGCCCCUGGGACUUGCGUACCAAACGCUCUGGAGGUUUCUGUCCCUCUUAAACUCUACUGCAAUGGAGACGGAGAAUGGAUGGUUCCUGUGGGUUCCUGCACUUGCAUGGCUGGGUUUGAGCCUGCAGUUAAGGAGACGCAGUGUCAAGCUUGCAGUCCAGGUACAUUUAAGUCCAAGCAAGGAGAAGGGUUGUGUUCCCCGUGUCCACCAAACAGCCGGACGAGUUCUGGAGCUGCCAGCAUCUGUUCCUGCAGGACAGGCUACUAUCGGGCGGACAGUGACUCACCUGAUUCAGGAUGCACCACUGUGCCAUCAGCACCGCGUAAUGUUAUCUCCAGUGUAAACGAGACAUCACUUAUACUUGAAUGGAGUGAGCCACGUGACCAAGGUGGAAGAGAGGACCUUCUCUACAACGUCAUCUGCAAGAAAUGUCUUCCCGAACGCGGUACCUGCACACGGUGUGAUGACAACGUGGACAUCUCUCCACGCCACCUUGGGCUCACAGAGAGACACGUGACGAUCAGAAACCUUCAGGCUCACACCCAGUACAGUUUUGAGAUCCAAGCCGUCAACGGAGUAGCCAGCAAGAGUCCCUAUGCACCCCAGUUUGCCUCUGUUAACAUCACUACCAACCAGGCUG